AUGGCCACAGACAACCACACGGCCAUGGAGGAGUUUGUCCUGCAGAGUUUCUCAGAGGACCUGAGGCUUCGGGGUCUCUUCUUAGCCUUGUUCCUCCUCCUUUACCUAGGGGCGCUUGCAGGAAACGCCCUCAUUGUCAUGGCCAUCAGCCUGCAUCCAGGCCUCCAUACCCCAAUGUACUUCUUUCUCACCAACCUGGCCGUUGUAGACAUUGUCUGCACAUCUACGGUCCUCCCCAGGUUGCUGGAGGACCUGGUGGUCAAGGGUGGCGCCAUCUCCUACGGGGGCUGCAUGACCCAACUCUUCUUCCUGACGGAGUGUCUGGCGGCCGAGCUACUGCUGCUCACGGUCAUGGCCUAUGACCGCUACGUAGCCGUCUGCCGCCCGCUGCACUACAGCAUGCUGAUGAGCUGGCCUGUCUGCGCCCUGCUCGCAGGCAGCGUGUGGACGGUCAGUGUGUGCAACACCGCUCUGCACACUGGCCUGAUGACAAGGCUGAUGUUCUGUGGCCCUAAUCAGAUCCGUCACUUUAUGUGUGAAGUCCCCACGCUGCUGCUGCUCUCCUGCAGCCCAACAACCCUGAACAACAUCAUGAUCGUCCUCGCAGACGUGUACUUUGGAGUCGUCAACUUCCUGCUCAUCAUGGCCUCCUACGGCUGCAUCAUCGCCAGCGUCCUGCGCAUCCGCUCGGCCGAGGGCAAGCAGCGGGCUUUCUCCACCUGCUCCUCGCACCUCCUGGUGGUCUCCUUGUACUACUCCACCGUCUUCUAUACCUACAUCCUCCCGGGCUCUGGAUCCUCCAUGGAAAAUGGCAAAGUGGUCGCCUUGUUGUACACAGCAGUCAGCCCCAUGCUGAACCCCCUCAUCUACUCUCUGCGGAACAAGGAUGUCAAAGUGGCCUUCAGGAACGUGUUUUCCUGCAUCGGGUAA